CAAACGCGAAAUGUCAAAGUAAAACCUACACAAGUUUAACCCAUUUUGUGUGAAGGAAAUGUCUGUUUUUUAAAUAAAGUUACACAACAUAAUCUGAUUUUCUAACUGUUUAGAUAGCCUGACUUCCGUCAGCACAAUGGCCUUAGCUAUUAGAAGAUCUACGAGUGAUAUUUUCUGUGCUGCAAAAUGGUUUAUCAGAAGAGACUGCCGUGUCUUAUCUACACUCCCGGAAAAGGCAGAAGUGGAAGUUGCAACAGUAACUAAAAAAGAGAAACAUAUUCGUACAAGAGGGUCUCGCAACUCCGCUUUGGAGAACAGAUUCGUAUACCCAGAGUUUCUGCCCGACCCAAACCCGAACUGGAGGAACAGUCUGCGUGAGAAGCUCGAGAGAGCUGACAUGUUAAAAAGACGUAAUCAAAUUGAUAUACCUGAGUUCUAUGUUGGAUCAAUAUUAGCAGUGACAGUGGCUGACCAGCAUUCUCAGGGCAAAACCAACAAGUUUGUUGGUAUCUGUAUUGAGAGGAAAGGCUGUGGGUUGAGAGCAGAGUUCACUCUCAGAAAUGUGGUUGAUCAUCAGGGAAUUGAGGUGAGGUAUGACCUGUAUGACCCUACAAUACAAAUUAUCCAAGUAUUGCGGCUUGAGAAGCGCCUGGAUGAGAAACUGUUUUACCUGCGAGAUGCUCUGCCAGAGUACAGCACAUUCCCAUUUGAUAUGGAUCCUGAAAUACUUCCUGAAGGCACACCGGUGCCUCUCAACCCUGUUCAGGUUAAACUAAAACCAAGGCCCUGGCUAGAACGAUGGGAGAGGCAGGAUCUCAAAGGUGUUUCCAACAUAGAAGAGCAUCUGAAAGAGAAGGACAGGGUCAGACGAGAGUUGAGGGCGACACCCUGGGAGAAAUACGACUUGAUGAAGCAGUACAGACAAACAAUACCAAUCGAAGACCAGAACGACAUUUGGGCCGAAGUGAACUCUCAGUUACAACAGCUGCAUAUGACGCGUAAGAAGAUGUCGAGGAAGCGCACGUUCAGCACGCCGAAAACACAGCUCGGAUGAAGCUUUAGUUUGUAAUAAUAAGAAACAUGUAGUUAAUAAAGUAUUACGUUAUAACA